AUGUGUAUUCAAAAAUGUUGCCGAUAUUUAAUCUUCAAAAAGCAAAAGAAGAAAUCAUCACCAAUUAAAAAGCAUGAAACCGCAAAACCCAGCGAUGUUGAUGCAGUACCACCUGCUUUUGACGAGAUCAGACAAAAUGGUCAAAAGAAGGAUCAACAGACAAAAGGAAAGAACUUGCUCAGCCUAGACGGUGUGAAAAAAGUGUUUCAACUUGACAAAAACAAACCUAGUAAAAAAGCAGAUCAAAUGAAACCGACGAUAAAAAAAAGCACGUCUAAGUUGGCUCCGCUCCAAGUAGAACCACCGAAGGAACAACAUUCGCCCCGUUCCUUCUAUAAUACUUUCUUGACCGAACAUUUUGAGAACGCUCAAAUUACAAAUAUUGUGAUCCCCUUCAAAAAGCUGGAUCUGGCUACUGCAUUUGCUACCUCAGGACCGGAGCCUUCUGAACCGCGUUCGACUGAAGAGAUGCGCGCGGAUACGUUGUACAAAGUGUUAGACGACUUCCCCAACUUGAUUUUGCCCCCGCUGAAGGAUAUUGACCAUACAUUACCGUAUUUGCGUGAACUUGAUUUGCAAUCUACACCAGCCGGUACUCCUGCUGCGGAAGGGUUCAAGUCUCGGUUGAAAGAUUUGCUCAAUCCGCUCAAAAAUCCUUCUUCUGGUGUUGGACGAGUGAAAGCGUCACUGCUUGAUAAGCUGCUGAAAACGCAAUCGGAGGAGGAGUCUUGUGUUGAUGUGAAAGGAGAUUUUGUAUCAUCAAACGCAAUUAUGACUUUACAACAUGAAGUGACACCUCGCGGUAUUAGCCCAGAAGAAGUAUCCUCACGAGCUCCAGACUGGGAGGCGCCUCCUUUACCAACGUCGACUGCGCAGAAUCGUCUGGCUGUAGCAUCUACGCAGCAACCGCAACCACUAGUGGGAUCAAUUCGUAAGAAAGGAAGGACGCUACGUCAGCGUUUGAAGAAAAUAAAGCAUUAUUUUUCUGGGAGUAAAGAUCGGAUGGAGCAACAGAACGAAGUCCGCUGA